AUGAUCGUCGGCGAGCUACUGCCACUUCUGGUGGCAUAUUGGCCAAUCGUACUUGCAGCAUCAGCAGCCGCUUACCUCCUAAACAACAAGUUCUACAAAGGCCUGAACAAAUACCCUGGUGCUCCGCUAGCAGCAUAUACAAACUGGUGGCGUUUCUUCGAAGUAUGGGGUCAGAAGUCAGAAUACACACAUGUGGCUCUACACAAGCAACAUGGAGAUAUCGUCAGACUUGGACCUAACGUACUGUCGUUUGCCGACCCUAAGGCCAUCAAGACCAUCUACGGUCUGAACAAGGGUAUGACCAAGUCAGACUUUUACCCUGUCCAGCAAGCCGUCUCGAAGGGCAAGCGUCUGCAAUCGCUAUUCUCUACCACCUUUGAGGACUACCACGCCAAGUACAGAAGAUGUGUCAACGGUGCUUUCGCCAUGUCCUCGCUGGUCGAGUACGAGCCUCUGGUUGACAGCACAACCGAUGUUUACAUUGAGCGAACCAAGGAGCUUUACUGUGGAGAGAAGAAGCAGAGAUGUGACUUCACCCGCUGGUUGCAAUUUUACGCCUUUGAUGUGAUCGGCGAAUUGACCUGGAGCAAGCGCUUGGGAUACAUCGAGAGAGACGAGGAUGUUGAUGGCAUCAUUGAGUUCUUGAACAAGUUCCUCUCAUACGCUGCACCCGUAAGUAUUUCUGUUUUCUCAUCAGCGAUCUAUAAUGCUAACAACAUUUUCAGNAUUGGUCAAAUGCCUUUCCUUGAUCUUAUCCUCGAGAAGAANCCCCUCAAGCUCCAACUCGAGAAGUGGGGAAUCAACAAGAAGGUCUUCCCCGUAACAAAAUUCGCACUCGACCGCUCAGGCGAGCGCAAGGAUGAGAUGCAGAAGGUUCGCGAAACCGGCAUUGUCGAGAAGCGUCCCGGCCGUGGUAUCGACCUCCUCACAAAGUUCAACCAGGCUCAACACGACCAUCCUGAAUUUAUGACCGAUGCUCAGGUUUUGGCAGCAUCGACGAGUAUGGUGUUUGCCGGAAGCGAGACUACCGCCAUCAGUCUUAGCAGUGUCUUCUACCACCUGGUCAAAUACCCCAAGGUCUACGCAAAGCUGAUGCAAGAGCUCGACGAUGCAGCUGAGACUGGUGCAAUCCAACAACGCGAGAACAACAAGGUAUCCUGGGCAGAAAGCCAGAAGCUACCUUACCUCGACGCUGUCAUUCAGGAGUCUUUCCGCAUGCACCCUGCCGCCGGUCUGAUCCUCGAACGCAUCACCCCCAAGCAAGGCAUCGAGAUCUGUGGCGAGCACAUCCCCGGCGGCGUCAUUGUCGGCUGCAACUCAUGGGUCCUUCACCGCCGCCCCGAAAUCUUUGGCGCAGACGUCGAUACCUUCAGACCUGAACGAUGGAUCGAGGCCGAUGCCAUGAAGCUCAAGGAGAUGAAGGCUACCAUGUUCCAAUUCGGCGCUGGCGCUAGAACAUGUAUUGGCAAGAACAUCAGCUUGUUGGAGAUUUACAAGUUGGUGCCGACGUUCUUGAGGACUUUUGAGGUCGAGAUGGCUUGUGACGACUGGAAGACGAGGAAUGCGUGGUUUGUCCGCCAGAGCGAGUUUUACACAAACUUCAAGUUGAGGAGUGUGCCUCGCGAGGUUCCUGUAUAA